GAUAAUUUGAGAAAAUAUGGAUGGAUUUGAAUGAAACCUCAUUUCAUAUAAGGUGACGAUCCUUGCAGCAGGCCAGAAAUGUUCAUUAGAAGGACCUUACAGCGAGUUGGUGUCAUUCUCCAUCAUGUUAAAAUGGCUACACCAAGAUCAAGAUUUUCCAGCGUAGCAGAAGAUGAGGUUUUGUUAGAAACUAUAAAUAGCACAGGGGUGAUAACUCUCAACAGACCUAAAGCACUUAAUGCCCUCAACUUAAAUAUGAUACAGAGAAUUUACCCUCAGAUGACGCAAUGGGAGGAGGACCCAAAAAUCAGAUUGGUGAUUAUUAAAGGAGCAGGAGAGAAGGCUUUCUGUGCUGGAGGGGACAUCAGAGCUGUGACUGAAGCUGGGAAAGUCGGAGACAGCCUUUCUCAGGAUUUUUUCAAAGAGGAGUACAUUUUAAACUUUAAAAUAGGUACCUACGAUAUUCCAUAUGUGGCUCUGAUAGAUGGGAUUACUAUGGGUGGUGGAGUGGGUUUGUCUGUUCAUGGAGACUUCCGUGUUGCCACAGAGAAAACAUUGUUUGCAAUGCCAGAAACAGCUAUAGGUCUAUUUCCUGAUGUUGGUGGUGGCUACUUCCUGCCGAGACUUGGUGGCAGCCUUGGUGUGUUCAUGGCUCUCACAGGCUUCAGAUUAAAGGGUCGACACGUACAGAAAGCUGGAGUUGCCACUCACUUUGUCCAGUCUAAUAAGAUUUCAGAAUUAGAGACAGCAUUAGUUGGUCUGAAUAAUCCAAGUCAUCACGAUAUUACUUGUGUUAUAGAAGAUUUUCAAAGCAAGAGUACUGAUAUUCCAGAUGAAGAAUUUAUCUUAAAAUCAGAUAUGGAGAACAUUAAUAGACUGUUUCGUGCUAAAACACUAGAAGGAAUAUUUGAGGAUUUAAAAAAUGAUGGUUCUGAAUGGGCAACGAAGCAGCUGCAAAUCCUACAAAAAAUGUCCCCAACAUCCAUGAAGAUUACAUUAAGACAGAUAUUGGAGGGGAGAAACAUGCCCCUCGGGGACUGUUUACAGAUGGAGUAUAGAUUGAGUCAAAGAUGUAUUGAGGACAAAGAUUUUUAUGAGGGAGUCAGAGCAGUCCUUGUAGAUAAAGAUCACAGCCCUAAAUGGGAUCCUGCAACCAUCGAAGGAGUAACUAGUGAUAAAGUGGACUGGUACUUUUCUGAACUGCCCCCUGAAAGGGAACUGAGAUUAUGAUAAAAAUUCACAGACUUAUUGUAUGUUAACAUCAGUAUGACACGGGAGUACCAGGAAGCACCUGCUGAAGGAAAAUGUAGGACAUGUGGUGGAAAGGCCAAUAUACUAUCAAAUGUCAAUUCUCUUUUCAGGAAACCUACCAAAAUAGAUUGGCCAUUGAUAGGAUCAGGUUUAUAUUACACAAGCAGAAUUUUUCCAUCUUCAGAGCUCUUCAUGUCCAGUCAGUUGCGCAUAUACUGUGAUCUGAAUUGUAUUAUUUGAACAUUAUUCACUUUCUCUCUAGUAUGGGAAUGAUACAAAGUGCUAUACUGUAUAACCUUACUACAGGUAAAAAGUUUGUUUUCAUAAUGCAUGUAUCACAAAUGACAGAGCAAUGUCUACCACUCUAUUUGUAUAAAUUGGUUAAUCAUUUUCACUUCUAAUACUUUUAGAAUCUUGUGAAAUGUUAUGUUCAAAGACAUGACUUGUCUCUAAGUCCUUUUGAAAGAAUGGUGCUAGCACAUUGGUGGUGUGUUCUCAUUAUGUUAAUUUUGAGAAUGACAUACAAUAAAACAUCAUCUAGUCUAAACAAUGUGAUGUUAAAGAUUAAAAAGAAAGAUUUUACCUGAGAUGUGGUUUAAAAUUUUAAAAACUGGAAUUAUUGUCAGGGAUCACAUUUACUAUUAAUUCUUAAAUCUCACCCGAUAUUACUAUCUAAUUAAAUAUCACAAAUAUUUAUAAUGAAUUUUUUUGAUUAAUGCAUAGUUCUUAAACUUUAAUUGAUUUUACUGAUUACAUAUACAUAAAGUAUGCAUAUCUUCACAGUCAUAUAAAGCUGCAUCUUUAAAAUCCAAGGGUUAGUUUAAUAUACACUUCUCUUCACCAUUGCUACAUACUUGAAUUAGGAUAAUUUAUUUCUGGAACUUUCUGGAGCAACAGACUGGCCAGAGAAAUCAUGUUAUAGGGGAAAUAGUUUCAAAUGGAAUUAGCAUAAUCAAGUUUACACAUAUUACAUCUAAAAUCUUAUUGAAAUUUGUGAGUGCAAAUGAAAUAUAUUGUUUGUAGCUCGAGGUCAGUUAAUCAUAACUUUUUAAGGAAUGAAUAUAAUAGGUACUGUACCGAAUGCGUCCUUUUUUUCUUUCUUCCUAUUAAUAAUCAAAUAAAAAUAAAUAAAUAAAUGUGGUUUUCUCCAGUUCUUGUAAUAUUUCAUACUUUAUUUAAUUAUCAUAAACUAAAACGUUUUGUAUAUCUUUUACAGACUACUAACUACUAUAUUAUGCAAAUCCAUAUAAAUAAAAUUACACAUGUCAUCCCUGUUAUCCAUCCAUUUCCAAAUAUACCUGUAAAUGUAUAAAUGUUUUUGAAAAAAAGGUAGGAAAUGCCAGUGAAAUCAUUCAUUUUCAUGGGGAAUUUAUUUUCGUGGCUACUUUUUAAUUUAAAUGUUCACAAACUGUGAGAUAAGCAUAGGUUAAUUUAUUGUGCUUUGUUUAUCCAUGAAAUCAGGUGUCCACAAAACAGUAUCUUUUUGAAAAACCAAGAAAAUUGGACCCCACAUAAAUAUAUGAUUUUACAGUAAAUACAAUCAAAAUAAAUGAAAAGCAUGAAAGAAAUGCACUUACUUUUACUUAGCUGUUAUCUCUAUAAAUAGCUUAGAGUUGCAUAAUGACAUUGUGGGUCUAUAGGUUGAAUGAUCAAAGACCUUGUGUUUGGCAUACAAUCAAAAUAGCAACAGAUCAGUUGUAUUACUAAUUAAAGCUAAUUAUAUGAAUGAUCAAGGGAGAUAAUUAAUGUGAAUGUUAUUAAAAUGUAUGUUGGAGUAAGUAGGAUAUUUGAUAUUCUUGAAAAGGAAUUGUUUAAAGUAUUUUGUAAAUAAUGGUUUCUUCGUGAAAUCCGGAGCCAUUUAAGUAGAUUUUUGAGCCUCACAUAAAUUUAUGAUUCUACUGUUGAUAAUGAAAAGAUAGUACCCUAUUUGUAAAUUACAUAUAAAUGUUCUGACACACAAGAACAUAGAAAAAAUAAGUAAUAUCAAAAAAGCAUUACCCUAACUGAUGUAUUAGAUGUGAUUUUUCAGUUUCUGUAUUACAAUCUUGGUAUGAAAGCAGCAGAUACAUCACUCAGUUUAUGACAAUUAAAACAGAGUACAGAGAAAUUUCAUUUUAGUUGGAUUUUUCACAAAACUAUUAAUUUUGUAGAUAAUGUGAAAUAAGAUGUUUUGUGGUCCUCAACUUUCAUGUUUUUAUUACUUUUUUUUUAAUUUUGAUACAUUUGUUUCCAUAGACACUUAAUUUGGUAGAUAAAUACAGCUCAAUCACAAAUUUGUACAAUUUUUUUCAGGUCGUGAACACUUGAUUUCGUCCAUUAAGAGUACCCAAGAAAAGAACGAAAACAAAACCUCCACAAAAAUGAAUUAUUUCACAUUUAACAAUUGUGUGAAGAAACGUCUAUAGUUAGAGUGUGUGACUGACCACAGUGGCACGUUAUUUGAGUAUGGUAAAGUUAACAUCAGUUAGGAUAUUAUCUGAAUGUUUGCUAUUUUUCAUACAUCCCUCAUAACUGUGUGAUACUGUUCCGACUGUUUGACCGAUUUUAAUAAGUGAUCGUGGAAACUGUUUCUAUUAAAGUUGAUUAUUUCUGAA